AUGGGUAAUUGUGCAGGAAAGCACGUCUCUCCUCCUCCUACAGAACAAAGUAGCGAUGUUAAUUCGUUGCAUAAUCCGUGUGAGACCUCCAAAUAUGUCGUGAGAACAAGUUCUCAACCUAUGGACUUGUGUGAUAGUUUCAAAUCUAAUUCUUUAAAAGUAAUUCACGAAGACGGAUUAAUAAAUGAACUCGGAAUAACAAAAGAGCAUGAAAAAGUUUCAUCCAGCGUAACUCGCGAGAGAUUUUCUACUGGGAGAGAUUUGUCUUUUGGGAGCAAGUCCAAUCUAUCAACUCCGAAAACUUCUCUUGUCAAUGUUUUCGCAGGAAGCCAUUGCACUGAAGGUCUUCAGGAAACAGUACUUUCUAGUAGCUUUCACUUUCCGAGAUUGGCUUUAGAGCAGAUGACAAGAGAUAUGAGGGUUCAUCAUUCUGGCGUACGAAACAGUGCGAAUUUCGAUUACUUAGAUAAUAAGCAUCCUGUCAGUCCCGUUCACUGGUGCGUUUCCUCAAGUAAGCCAUCAGAUGAGAUUACUAUGCAGAAACUAAGUUCACCACAUCGGAGUAAUAUCCAUGUACAAUCACAUUCGCAUUUACAACAACAUUCCUCGUUGAAUAUUAUGCCUUUCUUGGUUGGCAACAGGUAUUCCCGAAGUGGCUGUGCAAGUGUCACUCGAAGCGCAAUGGAAUCCCCACUCACAAUCGAUUCAGGGACUCACAAAUCGGACAAACCGUAUAGAUCAUCUGUUGUUGUUGACUCCAAUCGUCUGAAGAAUCUUGAGCAAAAUGGAGGAACAGUUAGCACUGCUGCAACAAUUUUUAUGGAAAAUGGUAGUUCAGAUCAUCAUUCUUCCGUUGGUGGUCUUUCAACUCGUUAUCUUGUUCAUCAGCCUUAUUUUCCUCCAAGUGCUGGCUCAUCCAGUCGUCUUAGUUUGGGUUCGGUUGGUCCAUGUAUUAAUUCGAAGAAGUUCUACCCUCUUACACAAGAAAACUCCCAUAACAGUGAAUACUAUCACGUUGCCAUUUUUGACUAUGAAGCUCAUACAUCAGAGGAAGUUAGCGCACGAAAGGGUGAUCAACUUCGAGUUUUGGAUUUAAGUGAUUCAGAAUGGUGGUUAGUUGAACAUUCUGGACAAGUUGGUUACAUUCCAUCAUCUUAUUUAGCUCAAGCCAAUUCGGUUGAAGCUGAAGAUUGGUACUUCAGAAGUAUAUCAAGAAAAGAUUCAGAACGUCUUUUAUUAUUAAAAGGAAAUAUUCGUGGGACAUUUCUGGUUCGAGCUAGUGAAACAACAAAUGGUGCUCUAUCCUUGUCAGUGCGUGAUACAGAACAACAAAGAGGUGAAACUGUAAAACAUUAUAAAAUUAAACAAUCUUCUGAAACUGGUGAUGUGUAUAUAACUACAAAACAAGUCUUUCCUGAUUUAAAAUCAUUAGUUAUUCAUUAUUCUAAUCAAGCGGAUGGUUUAUGUUGUUGUCUUACACGUCCAUGUCCAAGACCACCUCCUGUACCAACUGAUUUAUCAAGAUUAACAAGAGAUCAAUGGGAAAUUUCACGUUCCUCAUUGAAAUUAAUUGAAUUAUUAGGUGCUGGUCAAUUUGGUGAAGUUUGGAAAGGAAAAUGGAAUGAAACUAUUGAAGUUGCUGUGAAAACAUUAAAACAAGGUACAAUGACUAAAGAAGAAUUUCUUAAAGAAGCACGUAUUAUGAAACAAUUACAUCAUCCAAGACUUGUACGUUUAUAUGCUGUGGUUACAGCUGAACCAAUUUAUAUUAUUACUGAAUUAAUGAAAAAUGGUAGUUUAUUAAAAUAUUUACGUGAUGGUCCUGGCAAAGAAUUAGGAUUGAAACCAUUAAUUGAUAUGAUGGCACAGAUUGCCAGUGGUAUGGCUUAUUUAGAAAAGGAGCAUUAUAUUCAUCGUGAUUUAGCCGCAAGAAAUAUACUUGUCGGUGAAAAUAAUUCAGUGAAAGUUGCUGAUUUUGGAUUAGCUCGAAUUAUUGAUAGUGGAAAUGAAACAUAUACAGCUAAACAAGGUGCUAAAUUUCCUAUAAAAUGGACUGCACCAGAAGCUGCAUUAAUGGGUAGAUUUACAAUUAAAUCAGAUGUAUGGUCAUUUGGUAUUGUUAUAUAUGAAAUUAUUACUUAUGGACAAGUACCAUUUCCAUCAAUGAAUAAUACAGAAACAUUACAACAAGUAGAAAAUGGUUAUCGUAUGCCAUGUCCAUUAAAUUGUCCUAAUUCUAUAUAUGAAAUAAUGUUAAAUACAUGGGAUGCUAAACCAGAAUGUAGACCAACAUUUGCUUUUUUAUGUAAUUAUUUUGAAGAUUAUUUUACAUCAUCUGAAUUAUCAUAUCGUCCAGCUGAUAAUACUAAUAAUAUUGAUAAUGUUGAUGAAAAUGCUGAUGAUGAUAUUCGAAUGUUUCAUUGUAAUAAUAUAAAUGAUCAUGAUUAUCGUCAAAAUAAACAUUAUUUAGAGAAACGUAAAUUAAAUUCAACUUUAUUAAGUCAAGAUACAACUAUCCUAUAUGAUCAACGUAAUAAUAAUUAUACGAAUACGAAUACCAAUAAUGAACAAAAUGAACAUUCUCCAUCGCAUCAUUUCAAUGAGAGUUCAAUGACAACACAACAAUUAUCAAAUUCAUCAUAUAUUUGUACAGUUCAAAUGUGUUAA